AUGACUUUAACAUUACGUUCUACAAAUUCUUUCCUUAGAAGCCUUAGAGCUUCUGAAGAUUUUCCAAGUAUCAUAUGCAUUGCACGAAUCAAGCCGAUGGAUCGUGUUCGUGCAAUCAGUUCUGUACACACAGCACAAUUUACAACUGAGAAAAUCUCAAGCUCGGAGUUGGAAGGCAAGAGUCACGAGAAGUUGGAGAGACUUCAUGAGUUGAAAGGUCAUCAUCACACUAAUAAUACGAGGGUGCCUGUGUACGUGAUGCUGCCAUUAGACACCGUAUGUAAUGGUGGCAAAUUAAACAAGCCACGAGCAAUGAAUGCCAGUCUGAUGGCACUAAAAACUGCCGGUGUUGAAGGAGUAAUGGUAGAUGUAUGGUGGGGAUUAGUCGAAAAAGAUGGACCUUUAAAGUAUAAUUGGGAUGGCUAUGUUGAGCUAGUGCAGAUGGUGCAAAGACAUGGUUUAAAGCUCCAAGUAGUUAUGUCUUUCCACCAGUGCGGAGGAAAUGUGGGUGACUCCUGCAGUAUUCCUUUACCGCCAUGGGUACUAGAAGAAAUCAGCAACAACCCUGAUCUUGUCUACACAGACAGAUCAGGCAGGAGGAAUCCAGAGUAUAUCUCCUUGGGCUGCGAUUCGCUUCCAGUACUCAAAGGAAGAACACCCAUCCAGGUCUACUCAGACUACAUGAGGAGCUUCCGCGACAAAUUUAAAGAUUAUUUGGGCAGAGUUAUUGUGGAAAUUCAAGUCGGGAUGGGGCCGUGUGGGGAGUUAAGAUAUCCAUCUUACCCAGAAAGCAAUGGCACUUGGCGAUUUCCAGGAAUUGGAGAGUUUCAGUGCUAUGACAAGUAUAUGAAAGCAUCAUUGCAAGCAGCAGCUGAGGCAAUCGGACAGGAAGAAUGGGGAAGAAGUGGGCCACAUGAUUCGGGAAAUUACAAUCAGUACCCAGAAGACACAGGAUUCUUUCGAGGAGAAGGAACAUGGAAUACAGCAUAUGGAAAGUUCUUCCUUGGGUGGUACAGCGCGAAACUAAUUGAGCAUGGAGACAACCUUCUUGCAGCUGCUAAUGGGAUAUUUAAGGAAACUGGGGCAAAACUUUCUGGCAAAGUAGCAGGAAUUCAUUGGCAUUACAAAACCAGAUCACACGCAGCUGAAUUAACAGCUGGAUAUUAUAAUGCAAGAGAUAAAGAUGCCUACCUUCCUGUAGCUAACAUGUUCGCUAAACAUGGAGUUGUAUUCAAUUUUACAUGCAUGGAGAUGAAGGAUGGGGAACAGCCAGAUCAUGCAAAUUGCUCUCCUGAAGGUCUAGUGAAGCAAGUAAAAAUGGCGACUCAAAUAGCUGGAAUAGAACUCGCUGGAGAAAAUGCUUUAGAGAGAUAUGAUGCAAGUGCAUAUGGACAGGUUUUAGCAACCAGCAAGUCGCACUCAGGAAGUGGAUUGAGUGCAUUCACAUAUUUGAGGAUGAACAAAAGAUUGUUUGAAGGAGAUAACUGGAGGCAUUUGGUAGAAUUUGUAAAGAGCAUGUCUGAAGGUGGUCAAAACCAAAGACUCUCAGCAAGUGACUCAAGCGGAACAGACCUAUAUGUAGGAUUCAUAAAAGAAAAGAGCAUUCAGAAGAAUCAGAAGAAUGAGCCUGCUCUUGUAUAACAUGUACAUGCACGACUGUGUAAUUGGUGCAAAUUAGCAUACUCUAGUUCAACGAAAGGGUAAAUACAAAAUCAAUUAGUAUAAAAAAAUGACUUCUCAAUAUUUGUAUGCCUGUUUGAAGGCAAUUUCGUAAUAUAAAUAAGAAAGAAGCCAGGAUCGUAUAUUAA